AUGGCAUGUAGGAGCGGCUCCGGUCCAAUAAACGAGGAUAACGCAAGGUUCCUGCUGCUGGCAUUGUUCAUCAUCAUCUAUCUCCUCUGUGGGGCCGCAGUCUUCUCCGCGCUGGAGCAGCCAAAGGAGCGAGAGGCGAAGGAGCGCUGGGAGCAGAGGUUCGAGCAUUUCAGCCAGAAGUACAACCUGAGUAAGAAAGACCUCAACAACUUCCUGAGGAACUACGAGGAGGCGAACGUGGCGGGGAUCCGCGUGGACACAAUCCGACCUCGAUGGGACUUCACCGGCGCGUUUUACUUCGUGGGGACGGUGGUGUCAACAAUUGGGUUCGGUAUGACCACUCCUGCCACCAUUGGAGGAAAAGUCUUCUUGAUGUUCUACGGCCUGCUCGGUUGCGCUGCCACCAUCCUCUUCUUCAACCUCUUUCUGGAGCGUGUCAUCACAGUCAUCGCCGUGGUCCUCAAGUCCUGUCACGAACAUCGGCAUAAAAAAGCUGCGCUUGCAUCAAAUGGCCAGCGGGUGUCUGAGGGAAACAGAGCUGGUGGAAAUGGAGGAGAAAGAGGAGAGGAUCUGGAUGGCUGGAAGCCUUCAGUUUACUGCGUCAUGUUCAUUCUAGGCAUGGCGGCCAUUGUGGUGUCCUGCUCUGCCUCGCUCAUGUACUCUGCAGCCGAGGGUUGGGACUACCUGGACUCGCUCUACUUCUGCUUUGUGGCCUUUAGCACAAUUGGUUUUGGAGACAUGGUGAGCAGCCAGCGGGCGGUGUACGAGGGCCACGCCACAGUCGCGUAUAGGUUGGGCAACUUCUUCUUCAUCCUGACCGGCGUCUGCUGCAUCUACUCCCUCUUCAACGUCAUCUCCAUCGUCAUCAAGCAGGUCCUGAACUGGCUCCUGAGGAGGCUGGACACACCCUGCCGCUGCUGUUUCCCCAGGAGGGGUCACCACUCACACCGGCACCCCCGACGGAACGUGGUGGCACCGGGCCACCUGCGCGCCCGCAGAGACCCCUCCAUCGAGACGGAUGCCCUCAACGAAAGUGAGACCGACAACGGGCGCAGGAUGUCUGGGGAGAUGAUCUCCAUGAGGGACUUUCUUGCAGCCAACAAGGUCAAUCUGGCUAUUAUGCAGAAGCAGCUUUCCGAGAUGGCCAUUGGGCACCCGCGCCAGUCCAGCUCCAAUUCACGUCAGAACGGAUUCUCAGGAGGGGUGGGAGCCCUUGGCAUCAUGAACAACCGUUUGGCAGAGACUAGCGUGGACAGAUAGGGCAGACAAUUAUUUUUAGGGGUAACAAAAGGCUGCAAGGAUAAGCCGAUAAGGACACAUUUCCACUGGGGAAAGCCUUCCUGGAAAAAAGAAAAUGAGACUUUGGGUGGUUUAAAGACUGAAUACAUGACUAAUUCAUCCAUUGACAGCACGCUGACUCCCAGCAGCAAUCAUCUCCGCCAACUUCCCUGUCAAGAACAUGGCUACACUAAUGAUGAAUUAGAGGGGCUGGAGUCUGUCUUCUGGACCAGAAUGUUACCACAUGAGGAAUUCAGUUGCCAUGGUGAUAUAAAAAAAAGGCCUGUCUGGAGUACUUGUAUCUAAGCCUUAAAAUCCUAAUGCACUACACGCUUCUUCACAACUGAACGCAACUUCUACUUACAUAUCGUACUUAACAAGACUCACUAUGGCUCUACCCACAUCCAUAAUGACAUAAAAAUAGCUUUAAUAAAAUGGAUGUUACUUGGUUUCGUGUCUAACAGUAGUAAUUACAUGAAGCUGGGUGAAAUGUAGAAAGGAAAAGCUGAAUUAAUGGCUAAUUUGAUGUUUUGAUCCUGAAUGCAUCAUUUUACAAUUAGACUUUCAAUGCCACACUCGUUAUAAAUGUUUCAAAGCCUUUUUAUAUGCCAUUCAAUAGCCUCCAUCUUGGCAAUGCUUAAAUGAAUUAUAUCGACAAAUAGAAGAAAAAAAAUCCCAGGAGAACCUUAUUAUAAAAUAAACAGACCUAUUAUCUUCAGCUGAAUGGGUGAUGUUUUGCGACUGAGAUGAAACCUAUUAUGUUAGACUGAUGUUUACUUUUUGGUUUGCAGCACUUUCUCCAGGCACAGACGCAGAUAGAAGGACAUUUUCACACUGAUGUUGUCUUACAGUCCC